AUGCUUCAUUCUGAAAUAGCCCUAGCUCAUUCCGGAUAUUUCCGUCGACAGUAUUCAAGUGAAAUGAAAACGCAAAACAGACCGGCAACAUUAAACAUUAACUAUCUUACAAAUUAUGAUGCUAAUGCUGUUCGACGGAUGAUUAAUUUCCUUUAUACUGGUAUCCUACCAUGCUCAUUGGCCGAAAUUCCGGAACUCCUAGCUUUAUGCUGCAAACUUCAGGUACCAUCAAUGAGAUCAAUAAUUGAGAAAUUUAUUAUUCAAAAAGCAGCUGAAUAUAAUUCUCUAUUGGAUUGUUGGAAUAUUAGCUGUCAUCGACAAUCUGAUUUAUCACUUCGAACAAAAGAUUUCGUACUCAAUUAUGUGAUGCGAUCUUUGGAAAAGGCAGUUUUGGAUGUACGGUUCUCACAACUGGAUCAGGGAGCUGUGGAAGCAUUGUUGAAGCGUGACAGCCUACCGGUUCGUUCAGAAUGUGAUGUGUUACGUAUUGCUUUGAUGUAUUAUUUUCGGCGAGAUGGACAAGAUGUAAAUAUGCAAAGUUUACUAAACGUUGUUCGAUAUAACUGUGGUAAUGAAACACUGAUACGGAUGCGUCAAGAUAUUCUAUGUGUAAAUGAUGAAGAGCUGCGCUUUUGUUUCGAACAGAAUUGCGCUUAUGGAUUGUGGCAAACUGAGUGUCAUUUAUACGAUCCGAAUAUAUGGCCCAAACCCGAAAUAUUACCAGUGCGUGGAAAACCAAAUGCUGAUUGUGAUUGGAUUAAUGUACACUUCUACAGUUUGCUUCAACCUAUCACCGAACCUUAUCGAUAA